CACGUUCAAUCAUGCGGCUAAAGUGCAUUCCAAUGCAUUAUUUCACUCAAUUGGCUGCCCGAAUUCCGAUCAGGGCUGAAAAUUUAAACAGAGAGAGAAGAUCUAAAAUUUCAAGAUAGCAACCAAACAUCAAUGAUGAAGAGAAGCAUAUAAUGACAAUAAUGCAUUCAAGAUUGAUUGCAUCUUGUCAUUUGCUUGCUCGAUCGAAUUCACAUCAACUUGGCCAUCUUGCCAUUCGUACAAAUUAUCACAGUAAGAGACACUACUCUGAUAAAUCUCAAAAAGUUAAUUCACCUAUCGGAACAGAUCAUCGAACUAUUGGAACUGAACAAAAGUUAUUCUUUACACAUGAAUCAUCACCUGGAACACCAUUUAUGCUACCGCAUGGGAUGCGAAUUGCAGGAAAAGUGGAAAGAGUCAUUCGGGAUUUAUACCAAAGAUGGUCAUACGAUGAAGUUUUAACACCCCAAGUUUUCAAAGCUGAUCUGUGGAAACAGAGUGGACAUUGGGAUAAUUAUAGAGAUGAUAUGUUUGGCGUUGAAGGUUUCAAAGAAAUGCAAGAGCGUGCACAAGCAUCCAAUCAUCAUUCGGGAGGAUGUUGUGGUGACGUGGCGCAUACGUAUGAUGCAAGCCUUUCUGCUUCUGCCAAAAAUGGAGAACAGGCAACAAUGUACGGUCUCAAACCUAUGAAUUGUCCAGGUCACUGUUUAUUAUAUGCUGCUCAAGAACAUUCUUAUCGAGAUUUGCCAAUUCGUUAUGCGGAAUUUUCACCACUUCAUCGAAAUGAAGCAUCAGGUGCAUUAACCGGAUUGACAAGGGUAAGAAGGUUUCAUCAAGAUGAUGCACACGUUUUUUGUCGAGUGGAUCAAAUAUACGAUGAAAUUGCUUCAAUGUUGGUCAUGCUUCAAGACGCUUACUCUUUGUUCGGCUUUCCCAAGUUUGAGCUCGCACUUUCCACUAGACCUGAACAAUUUUUAGGUGAAUUGGAAGAUUGGCAAAGAGCAGAAGAUUCUUUGAGACAUGCAUUAGAUGCAAGUUCUUUGCCGUGGACGUUAAACGAAGCCGAUGGUGCCUUUUAUGGACCAAAGAUCGAUAUCCGACUUAUCGAUGCCGCCGGCAAGAAACAUCAAACGGCUACGAUUCAAUUGGACUUUCAAUUACCUCGCAGGUUUGAUUUACGCUAUAUGACAUCUGACGGGACUUCUUCUGCCAGACCAGUCAUGAUUCAUCGUGCAAUAUUGGGCAGUAUGGAAAGGUUUAUGGCCAUCUUGACGGAAAAUCUAGCAGGUCGUUGGCCAUUCUGGCUAAGUCCUCGUCAAGCUGUCAUCUUGCCAACUUCGCCAAACGAUCCGGAAUUGCUUGCUUGUGCACAUGCUGUUCGUGAUCAACUAGCAUUAGGUCUUACGCCCGGUAAGAAGUCAAACAUUCGUCAACGUCACGAUACAACUCUAACAGAUGAACAGAGAUUAGACAUAUUAAAAGCAUACAUUCCUUCAAGUCAUCUAAGCAAUGAUGAUCAGAAGGAUAAAGCUGUGGCACAACUUUAUGAAGCUGCAAAAGCUCGUGAACGAAGACAGCCCCAUACAUUCCACGUUGAGGUAGAUGCUUCAAUUGACAAAUUGGGCAAACGUGUUCGAAGGGCGCAUGUUGAGCAGGUAAACUUUACAUGUGUGAUCGGACCAGAGGAAAUGCGAACAGGUAAGGUGCAAGUUCGUAGUCGUGAUCAAUAUCAAGGUGAUUCCACAGGUCGACCAGAAUUACAACAGAAUAUGGGUACCUUUACCGUAGAUGAAUUACGACAAUUAUUCAUCACUCUCGAUGAUCAUCAUUGGUAAUGUAGAGUAAUCUUUCAAUCCAUAGCAAUUGUACUUAUACCAUCAAACAUAAAAUUAGAAAAGAC